AUGCUCCGAAAUUUAUGCUCAAAUUCAUGUCUAAGAUUUCACUCUGAAGAAACACUCAAAUUGAAGAAAGAGGUUGAAGAGAAAAAUGAGAAGAUCUAUCAGGAUAUUUUGAAUUAUUGCAAGUGAGUUACUUAAUGUGGCACUUUUUUAAAAUUCAAAAUUAAGUGAAAAUCAAACAUCUUUCAUCGAUGAUCAAUUUCCGCAUAGUGAUCGAAGUAUCAGAAGAAAUGGGGAGUACGGUAAGUAUCUAACAAAGAGAGAUAAUGGAUUAUUCUGAAUUAUAGAAAACCGUCCUUUCUAACAUUAAGUUUUAUAAAUAAUUAGUCACACCUUCUAGAAUGGCUUCGACCGAAUCAAAUCAGGUCAAAAGAUGGUGAACAAUAUCCUUGGACUGUUUUCAAUAAUCCAAAACCAUCAGAUAUUGAACAAGGAGGUUUGGGUGAUUGUUGGUUGAUGUGUGCAAUGACAUUAAUUGCUGAACGACCAGAUCUUCUAGACAGCAUAUUUCCAUCAAAAGACUAUUCGCCUCAAGGAGUUUAUCGUGUUAAAGUAUGUGUAGAAGGUGAAUGGAAAGUUAUAAUAGUCGAUGAUUUUUUCCCGUGUUGCAACGGUAAAAUGACAAUGGCUGUAGGAAGACGAAAUCAGUUAUGGGUUCCAUUGAUUGAAAAAGCUUUGGCGAAAGCGUUGGGAAGUUAUUCGAUGCUUUGUGGAGCUUCUGUCAUUCGCGGUUUAUCGUUGUUAACUGGUGCUCCUUGCAUAUUAUAUUAUACUCCAAAAGACGACUCGAUUGAAGUUGAAACAUUUUGGGCAGAACUAAUAAGUGCAAAGGCUUCGGGGUUCAUAAUGUGUUGUAGUAGUUACAGAACAUUGAGAGAAGAGUAUCAUAAAAGUGGGCUCAGAUCAGGUCAUGCCUAUUCAAUUCUUGAUGUCAAUGAUGAAUAUGGUUUUCGACUUUUGCGUGUUAGAAAUCCUUGGGGACGUGGUGUUUGGAAUGGAAAUUGGUCAGAUAAUUGGGAAGAUUGGCCGGCUGAAAUGAAGGAUGAUUUAGUGAUGAAUAGACAACAUGAAACUGGCGCAUUUUGGAUGGAACUCGAGGAUUUCAGAAACAUGUUCAAAUCCGUCACAAUUUGCAAACUUCGAUCAAAUUGGAGCGAGUUUCGCUAUAGCCAAAAUGUAGGACUCGAUACAUCAAUUUAUCAACUUUUUGUAACUCAAACUACUGAAGUAUGUAUAACUGCGUAUCACAAAGAAUCAUCUGAAAUGAACAAUGACCCCUACGUGAGUUUAGACUGAAUGUAAAUAGCGAAACCUCUCGAAUUUUUUUAAAGAACGAAAUGAUGAUGAGUGUGCAUCGAAUUUCCGCAGAAGGUGUGAUUGGUGAAAUGAUGACACGAUCAACAAGAGGCGAACAAAAACGUAUAACAUUCUAUGACUUUUUCCUGCAUCCUGGACAGUAUGUUGUAAUGUGUUUCAAUUUGAAGAACGGAAAUCUCAAGCCAAUCACAAUGAACAUCGUGUUUUAUUCGUCAGAGAAAUUGUUGUUCGAAAAAAUUAGGCAAUCUUCUCAAAUGUAUAAUCAUGCUCUAAGAGAAAUUAUGCUCAAAGAUGGAAAGAUUUGCAACAAUACGGUAAGAAUUAUUUAUCGAUACAUCAUUUUUUAUGCCUUUAGUAUUUUCAGUGUUCGGGACUUGCUAUCCGAGUUCUGAUAGAAAAUUUCUGCGGUGCAAUGAUUAUGGCAGAUAAUUUCUCCGAAGAUCGUUGGAAUCAUGUGAAAAUUGAUUGCAAUGGUUCGAAAAAUCUUGAAUCAUCUAGGAAUUCACUUCUUACAACUGAUGUUAUUCCACCAAUGUCCUAUAGUAUAUUGAAUGUUUUAUCAAGAAUAAAUGGUUCGAGUAAUCAUCGAUAUGUGUAUAAAUGGGAGGUAUUUAGUGUUAUGAAAAUGUAUUAAUUCUAUAAUAUUCCAAUUUUCAGCGACUCAACACUUCUUGCAAAUACAUUAAACCUGAGAUGAACGACGAGGCUUCGAAUAAUCCGCAACUUCAACAUUGGCCGGUUAUCGAUGAUUCUGAUCCUCUUCACUCUUCUCAACCAUUGAUCUAUGGAACUUGA